UGGUGUUAAAAUGGCCGUAUUAUCCAAAGCAGUCUACUGAUUUAACGUGUACUAACUCCACUACUAAUGCUGAUGAUUCAACCUUCAUAUUCUUUCACAUGUAUGAUGUUUCAAAAACAUUUCAUUGGAAUAUAAUGAUAAUAGCUGUGGUAGUUUUACAAAUACGUCCACAAAUUCUUUGCUACAUCCCUUGUCAAGAGGUGGCACUUGACUCUGCUUCCUUAGAGCUGGUGCUGGACUUGCUGCUAACAAACGCAGCUCAGCAGGAGUGAGGGCACAUUUCACCUGUAUUGUUGAGCUGUCAGAAGACUUUCUCUGUCUCCCUUGGACCACUUCCUUUCAGGGGAAGCCAGCUGCUGUGUCUUGAACUUCCCUGCAAAAUGUGUAAGUACCAAGAGGGAAACGUGGCGGGAGGGAUAAAUUAGGAGUUUGGGAUUAACAUAUACACACUACUGUACCUAAAACAGACAAUCAACAAGGACCUACUGUAUUAUGUAUAACAUAGGGAACUUUACUCAGUAGUCUAUAACCGAUAUGGAAAAUAAUCUCAAAAAGAAUGGAUAUAGGUAAGCGUAUAACUAUACAUCUGAAACUAACAAACGAACUACACUUCAAUAAAAAAUUAAAAACAAUACAAAUUUAAAAAUAAAAUUCACUAAGUGUUAGAACUCGCCCUAAGACCUCGGGGAGCCAGGGCCUCAGAGGGGACCCGGCGGGAAGCCUUGAGGGCCUGGGUGGGGGUAGCGGUCAGGGGAGACACUAGAGCGCGCGGCCCCGCAGGUAGACACGGGUGCGCGCGCACUGCCGGCAAGGCGCGUUCCCGACACCCGCGUGGACGUAAAGCAGCUCCAGCGUGUCGUAAAGGGGCCGCAAAUAAGCGGAGCCCGGGCCGACCGCUAAGCAUCCACGGUGGAGGCCGUCUCUCCUGCGGAAAGUGGAAGGACCUGUUGCUCGUCACAGUGGGCUUCGGCCGGCCUCCCCGGCGCGGCGACCAGACCCCCGGGCCGCGGGGUGCGGCGGCGCGAUGCGGCCCGUGGACGCGGACGGGGAGCGGGCCCCCGACGACGACGACUGGGCGAGGCCCCCGAGCCCUGUGCUCCUCGCCGACGGCCGGGACGUCGCCGCCCUCGAGCGCGAGCACGUGCGCGCGCACCUGCGGGCCCGCCGGCGGCUGCGGGAGAUCGAGGGGCUGCUGGACGAGAUGAAGAGCGAGGUGGAGGCCUCGGAGGCCGGCGCCCUGGACCCGGCCGGCAGCGCAGGCGCCGCGGCGGAGGAGCGGGUGGUGAAGCUGUGCGAGGAGGUGGAGAGGAAGGCGGUGGAAGCCGCGCUGAUGGGGCGGAGGAUCGUGGAGCUGCACCGGCAGAUGGACGGCUCCGGGUGUUACUGACGACGCCGCGGCGGAGAUUGAGGUCAGAAUUCUUCAAGAAAGAAGAUUCUCCUUGGCUGCAGUUGCUGAAGCAAAAACCCAAACCCCAGACAAGGGUGUGGAUGCCACUACUUUGGAUAAGAUGGAGAAGGCCCAGAGGACUCUUGGGCAUGGAGAGUGGUGGCGUGUGAAUUUUGGGGGUUCAGAGUCCAUCACAUCAACGGAGAAGAGCUGUGUUCUUUUGGUUUUCUUUGUUUCUUUCAGAAUUGUAAUUUUUCUGUGACGUGUUAAGCAGUGCACAUCAUGUACCCUGUCUGGUGAGUAAGCUGAAGUAGGGUGAGUUCUAGGUGACACGCGCAUCUGCUGACUUCGGGGCAGAAUUUUCCAUGUGAUGCAGUUGUGGGUUUCAGAGGCUUCUCUGCCACAGAUGCGCAUGACCGCCGCAGAGGCCUGGAGGGCUGAGGGAGGAGGCCGGGGCUGGCCAUCGGGGACCCCAGACUGAUGGUGGGAGGCAUCUUCCAGGUUUAGAUGGUGUCCAGCCUGGGUCAUCAGAGCAGACCUCACAGGUACAGGUCAGAGCUCUGGCUUGUUGUGAUGAAGUUCAUUUGCUUGGAAAAACAAACACUGAAAGACAGUUUCUGUGCAAAUGAGCAAAGCCAUUGAGUUGGCGAAGAGAAAAUGAGAAUAAAUAAACUUUUUCCAGAAUGCAA